CCGUGAAGGGCAGCACAGGAGAGAAGCAGACUUCUGUAAAAUGGGGAAUUACAAAUCCAGACCGACACAGACUUGUUCUGAUGAAUGGAAGAAGAAAGUUAGUGAAUCUUACGCUAUUAUAAUAGAAAGGCUGGAAGAUGACCUGCAGAUCAAAGAAAAUGAAUUUCAAGAACUAAGGCACAUCUUUGGCUCUGAUGAAGCCUUCAGUGAAGUCAGUUUAAAUUAUCGCACAGAGCGUGGCCUGUCCCUGCUGCACCUCUGCUGUGUCUGUGGCGGCAAUAAGUCACAUGUCCGUGCCCUUAUGUUAAAAGGGCUCCGUCCAUCCAGACUGACAAGAAAUGGGUUUCCAGCUCUGCACUUGGCCGUUUACAAGGAUAGCCUGGAACUUAUCACUUCACUGUUGCACAGCGGAGCAGAUGUUCAGCAAGUGGGAUAUGGUGGCCUCACAGCCCUCCACAUCGCUGCAAUAGCUGGGUACCCAGAGGCGGUGGAAGUGUUGCUGCAGCAUGGAGCCAAUGUGAAUGUGCAAGAUGCUGUCUUCUUCACCCCACUGCACAUCGCAGCCUACUACGGGCACGAGCAGGUAACCAGUGUCCUUUUGAAGUUUGGAGCUGAUGUCAAUGUCAGUGGUGAAGUUGGAGACAGGCCUCUGCACUUGGCCUCGGCAAAGGGGUUCUUCAACAUUGUGAAACUCCUGGUAGAAGAAGGGAACAAAGCAGAUGUGAACGCUCAGGACAACGAAGACCACGUCCCUCUGCACUUCUGUUCUCGAUUUGGACACCACAAUAUAGUGAGCUACUUGCUCCAGGGUGACUUGGAGGUCCAGCCUCAUGUCGUUAACAUCUAUGGUGACACUCCUUUGCACCUGGCGUGCUACAGUGGGAAUUUUGAAGUUGCCAAGGAAAUUGUCCACGUAACAGGAACUGAAAGUCUGACUAAGGAAAAUAUCUUCAGCGAGACAGCUUUCCACAGUGCUUGUACCUAUGGCAAGAACAUUGAACUGGUCAAAUUCCUUCUUGAUCAGAAUGCUGUGAACAUUAACCACCGAGGAAGAGACGGGCACACAGGAUUACACUCUGCUUGCUACCAUGGCCACAUCCGCCUGGUCCAGUUCCUACUGGAUAAUGGUGCAGAUAUGAAUCUAGUUGCUUGUGAUCCCAGCAGGUCUAGUGGUGAAAAAGAUGAGCAGACAUGUUUGAUGUGGGCUUAUGAGAAAGGACAUGAUGCCAUUGUUACACUCCUGAAGCACUAUAAGAGACCCCAGGAUGAGCUGCCGUGUAACGAAUAUUCUCAGCCUGGAGGAGAUGGCUCCUAUGUGUCUGUUCCAUCCCCCUUGGGGAAGAUUAAAAGCAUGACAAAAGAAAAGGCAGAUGUUCUCCUCCUAAGGGCUGAAUUACCCUCCCGUUUCCAUCUGCAGCUCUCUGAAAUUGAAUUCCAUGAGAUUAUUGGCUCAGGUUCUUUUGGGAAAGUCUAUAAAGGGCGAUGCAGAAAUAAAAUAGUGGCAAUCAAACGAUACCGAGCCAAUACCUACUGCUCCAAGUCAGACGUGGAUAUGUUUUGCCGAGAAGUGUCUAUCCUCUGCCAGCUCAAUCACCCCUGCGUGGUUCAGUUUGUGGGUGCCUGCCUGGAUGACCCCAGCCAGUUUGCCAUUGUCACACAAUACAUUUCAGGAGGCUCUCUGUUCUCCCUGCUUCAUGAACAGAAGAGAAUUCUUGACUUGCAGUCUAAAUUAAUCAUUGCGGUAGACGUUGCCAAGGGCAUGGAGUAUCUGCACAGCUUGACCCAGCCAAUCAUACACCGUGACCUGAACAGUCACAAUAUUCUUCUCUAUGAGGACGGCCAUGCUGUGGUGGCGGAUUUUGGAGAAUCAAGAUUUCUGCAGUCCCUGGAUGAAGACAACAUGACAAAGCAGCCAGGGAACCUGCGCUGGAUGGCUCCCGAGGUGUUCACACAGUGCACGCGCUACACCAUCAAGGCUGAUGUCUUCAGUUACGCCCUGUGUCUGUGGGAGCUCCUCACUGGAGAAAUUCCAUUCGCUCAUCUGAAGCCAGCUGCUGCAGCAGCAGAUAUGGCGUACCACCACAUCAGACCUCCCAUCGGCUACUCCAUCCCCAAGCCAAUCUCAUCUCUGCUGAUGCGGGGCUGGAAUGCAUGUCCCGAAGGGAGACCCGAGUUCUCUGAAGUCGUUAGGAAACUGGAGGAGUGCCUGUGUAAUGUGGAGCUCAUGUCUCCUGCAUCAAGUAACAGCAGUGGCUCUCUGUCACCUUCCUCUUCUUCUGAUUGCCUGCUGAGCCGAGGAGGGCCUGGCCGGAGCCACGUGGCAGCUUUACGGAGCCGUUUUGAGUUGGAAUAUGCCCUAAAUGCAAGGUCCUACACUGGGUGGCCUCAAAGAUGUGCAGGUGAGAAAUCUGCUAGCAGAGUGCCAGCCUGGCUGAGUCCCAGCCCUCUCCUGGGGUAGGAGAACAUAGUGUCAUCAUCACCUGCCUGCAAGAACAUCACUUCUCCUGUCUCUACCUUCAGAUCUUGCUUGUCUUAAUUACCUAUGCAAAGACACGAUUUUCAAUGUAGUCCUGUGAGAUGUUGGGUCUUCAAUAUAUAAAUCUGAGGAGAGACAAGAACUAUUCCAUAUCACCAGGUAAAUCUAGGAAAAAGGAAGCAGAAAUGUAGAUUGAUAUUGCCAAGAGCUGACAAAAGAAAGAUUUGGAGGGACUUCUUAGUGGGUAAUUGUUCCACUUUGGAUAAUGAAAUUUGGGAGUUAAAAGUGGUCCUUAUUAAAACAUUAUUAAUGUAGUAAAUACCACUGAAGUCCCCACUUUAAAAUUUAUGUUAUGUGAACUCCAUCAGGAUCUCUCCUGUUCACAUGCCCCAGUUCCCUACAGCCAGGUGUUUUGUCUCUCAAUCUCACAGUAAUUUCAAGGAGCACUAACUGGACAUCUAUUGCUUUAAGAUGUCUGUCUGUAUGUAUAACUGUUCGUCUCAGAGUUCAGGACUGACCGCCAUAGCCACUGAUGCCUAGCUCAGGUGUCUGCAACCUGGCUCAGGUGAGCUUAGCGGGGGCUACAUUGUAUCAAGAUCUGCCAUUGUAUCAAGAUCUGCCAUUGUAUCAAGAUCUGCCAUUGUAUCAAGAUCUGCCCUGCGACUCUCGCCCUGCACAGGUACCAGUUAGGGCAUACUAGCAGAGGCUUGCCUUCCUCGCAAAAAAAAAAAAGGAGUUUCAGGAGCAUGCACCUAGCCUUGGCUCAAGUUUCAGCCUCUGGC